AUGGAAUCCGGACAAUACGGACAAGAAGGCGGACGGCCGCCCGAUUGUUCAACAAAGUGUUCGGUAAUCGGUGAAACAAUUGCAACGGCAAUGAAUACGAUAAAUGAUAGUUUUGAUAAUGAAAUGUUAAUGAGUGAAAUUAGUGAAGAAGAAUUAGAAGUACAUUAUAAUUCAAACAAAAAUCCUAGUAGCAUCAUGAGUGAGGUAGAUGUAAUUAAGAACAGAUUAUUACAUAAGUAUAAAAAACAUACCAGAAUUUCUGCAAUAUCAGAUAGUAAAGAUAAAAAGAACAUAAUUGGCAAAAGUGCAACCAAACUUAGAAGAACCGAAAAUAUUAUACAUACUGUUGGAAAUAAUAACAAUGACACGGCGUCUAAGAUAACAAAUAAUAGUGAUAUUUCAAAUUAUAAUAAUAGUAAUGGAACAAGUAAUGAAAGAAAUACUAUGGUAUCGAAUAUUGUAAAUAUCAAUCAGAAUACUGAAGCAAAUCGGAACAGUCAAGAAUUAAGUAGCGUUAUGCAAUUUGAUGAGUGCGAUAAGGAUUUAAGUGAAACAACAACUUAUGCAAACAACGAAGAAAUGACCAAUGAAAAUAUUAGUGCGGGGUCGAGUAAUACCGAAAUAAAUGAUCAGAAUGAUAAAAUGUUGCAUGACUUUCAUGAGUUAGAUAACGUAAUGCAAUUUGAUAAUUGUGGUGAGGACUCGAGUAAAAUAACAAAACAUAAUGACAAAGAAAACGAAAUGAUGCCCGACAAUUACGAACAGGAUAAAGUACGAUAUGACAGUUACGAUAAAGGACCAUAUAUAAUAUACGUAGAAUCUUAUAAUAAAACAUAG